AUGAUGUUCUGGUCUGUUCCGGUUGCUCUGCUCCCUGCCCUGGCGGGUGCCUUUCUCCACGGCCAAGCACGGAACAACACCUUCGACUAUGCGGGAUACGAGGUGGCCAUCGUCGAGGCUGGAAGCUGGUAUGAAGACUUGGAACCCAUCAUCUCCUCCACUCCAGCCUUUGGGUUCGCGAACAAUGCUGCCAACGACUGA